CUUUUUCUUAACACACACACUCUCUCUCUUUUUUUCUUUUUCUUUCUUUAGAUGACGGAACCGAUACCAGCCUCUACUUUACCUAACAAAACUGACUCUACAUCUACUAUAGACAAUAGUACAAACAAGGAGAAAGACAAACAAAAAGCUUUGGAAAAGAAAAAGAAACGACGAGACCGACGAAAGAAAAAGGCUAAACGUGCCAAGAAGAAUGAACCAAAGACGAAAGUAGUCGUUCGCCGUUUACCUCCCAAUCUUCCUGAAGAUGUAUUUAUGAAUGCUGUUCAACAAUGGACUACUGAUGAUCUUGUGGAUUUUAAGACUUACAUCCCUGGAAAACUGGCCAAAAGUAAAGCAAAGGAAAGUACAUUCUCACGUGCUUACUUCCAUAUGAAAUCUAUUGAUGCUGUCAUAGCCUUUCACCAAGGAUUUGAUGGUCACAUCUUUAUGGAUAGUCGAGGCAACGAAAGUCGUGCAGUUGUGGAAUUUGCUCCUUAUCAAGGUAUUCCUAAGGAACACAAGGCUCCUGAUGUCCGUCAAGGCACUAUUGAUGAAGAUCCUGAUUAUAUCAAGUUUUUGGAAUCAUUAAAAGCAGAUCAAACCAAAGAAACGGAAGGAACGGAACCGGUGGAUGGCCCAGCACAAAUUGAACGGUUAGAAAAUAGACUUGCAUUGGUGACAGCACAAGCACUGGCUCAAGAACAAGCUAACAAACCCAAAACAACACCUUUAUUGGAACAUCUUCGUGCUCAAAAGGCGGCUAAGGCGGCAAAGGCGGCAAAGAAGAAAGCUGCGGCAAAAACGUUACUGAAAAAGAAAGCAGCAGCAACAGAUGGCCAAGAUAACAACAACAAUGUGAAAACUGGAACUGGUGAAAAGAAAUCUCGUUCUAGGAAAAAGAAAGACAAAUCCAAGCAAUCAACAGAAGGAUCAAAAGGAAAGGAUGAAUCGCCAUCAACAUCAUCAGCACCUGCCACUAAUAGCAACAAGAAGAAGGAAGACAAAUCUGCAACAUCAGGGAAGAAGGAAGGCAACUCCAAACCGAAACGAUCAAGAAAUAGGGAUAAGAAGCCAAAACCUGGUACUGGAGAUGCAACAAACAACCAACAACCUGUGAUCAAGAUUUUAGGUCGACAAGAUGGCACACCAAAGGCAACAUAGAAAUACGAUUGUUUAUCUCCAUUCGCCAUUGGAUUGUUUGUUAGUUAUAGUGUUCCCCUCCCUUUCAGGCUAGCUACACAUUUACAUAAUUGUCCAUAUCCUGGUUUUCUUUUUCUUUCCU